UCCGACCACAUUUACCUAAAGCACUGUCAUUGAGAAAAAUGGCUGCCUCCACGGGUGCUGCAAGCGCUGCUGCUUCCGACUCACAAGGUCCAGCUUCGGCUGGUCCAGGUAUGGACAGCCAAACGUUUCAGUACAGUAUGAUUCUGGACCAUCUCAUCGGGGACAAGAGGCCCGUAAAGGACCUAAACCCCGCCGUUAUGGGGGUACUGCCGGUGCCUCCUAAAAGCGACGAGCAGAAGAUGAUCGAGAGGGGAAUGGAGAGCUGUGCCUUCAAGUCGGUUCUGGCCUGUGUGGGAGGGUUUGUCCUCGGAGGAGCUUUUGGUGUAUUCACAGCUGGCAUCGAUACCAAUGUUGGCUUCGACCCCAAAGACCCUCUGAGGACUCCAACAGCACGAGAAGUCCUCAGAGACAUGGGCCAGAGGGGGAUGUCGUACGCCAAGAACUUUGCCAUCGUGGGCGCCAUGUUCUCCUGCACAGAGUGCAUCAUAGAAUCACAUAGAGGCAAAUCUGACUGGAAGAAUGCAGUGUACAGCGGUUGUGUAACUGGAGGAGCCAUUGGAUUUCGUGCUGGUCUGAAGGCUGGGGUGCUGGGAUGUGGAGGCUUUGCUGCAUUCUCUGCGGCCAUUGAAUAUUAUUUGCGGUGAACCACUAAAGGGUGGCUGUAUGGACAAGAAGUUAAUCGAUGCACAUCUGGACGAGCCCUGUGAGAAAUCCAACCCUGUGAAUAUUUACCUGCGCAUGGAGGAUUGCUGCAAAAGCAGAACUGAUGUGUUUGGUGGAAGUGGCUGGUUCCUGUUUGUGUACAGUGGUGUUAAGUGAUGGCACAGUGGGCUGAAAAAGACCUGUAUGUAUUUUCCAGUGUCUCGUUUCUUUUAUCAUUUGGACAGUUUGAGCAAAGCAAACCAACCUCAUGUGGAGAAUCUGCAGAAACGGAGCAGAGCGAAAUCACCUUCACUCUGAGUCACGACCAACUCAAAUCAGACUCAGAUAAACACUGUUCUUGUUGUAGAACAUGAUGUGUCAGUAACUAAUCCACAUCAGGAUAAUUUAUAUUAAAGAUGGGUUUUUUUUUGUUAACUUGUGCAUUCAGGACUUUUUUUCAUGGAAGUAUCCAUGACCGCAACAUUGUAAAUCGCCUUUUAAUAACGGUCUUGAUUCUAGUUUGAAUUUAUAUAAUCUAUGUAAAUAUGUUGCCUUUAUUCUAGUCAUAAUUCUUUUUAUCGCGUGGUGAAUUUACACAGAGAGUUUACAGAGAAAGGAUUCUUUCGUGUGUCCAUUAUAAGAGCCAGCCAGGACUGCUGUCCCAGGCCUAACCUCAGGAGGACCCACAGAGCUAUAUAUAAAUGCGGGGCAGAUGUUUUCAUAAAUUAUGAGUACAACCCAAAUAAAAUCACAUUUUGUUCCAAGUCA